AUUAAGUCCUUACCCGUGUACUUCCAUGUACUCAUUUCCGCCCGCCACGUCAAGAGCUUGCGUGUAGGAUAUUCACAAUCAUCUAAUCUUGAACGCAUGCACGAUUAGCAUGGUCGAUUUCUUUCAAGAGCUGGGUGCUGGCGCAUACCAGGCAUUUCGAACGAUAAUACCAGAGCCACAAAAUCGAAUACCAAUAUCUUUCGAUGCGAUACCUUCCAUUCUCAUGUCUUAUGUGCCCUUCCUGUUUAUGGCAUUUCUCGCGCGACAGGAAAACACCUAUAUCAUAAGACUGCUGCUGCUACCGACUGUCAUUACUGCAUCUCUUGGAACCUCAUUCCGGUAUUACUGGACAAUACCAAUGAUGAAUACGUGCAACUGGGGCUCAUGCCUGAGUUCCUUUGUCAUCAUUGGGAAAGCCCUGGAAUAUGCAUUUCAGAAGAAAGGCAUGCUCAGAGUGGAUGAAGUACGUCCCGGCCAAUACAAGGGCAAAGUCAUCGCAAAUGGGUCUAGUAACGGACACAUCAGUCCACCCGUAGGCGGUCGCUCGAUUGCCCCGUGGUUAACGGAUGUCGUUCAACUCACUACUUCCAUGCGUGGUGUCAGUUGGAAGUUUGGCCAAGAAACUUUCGUACCUAAAGAAACACGUCCAUUAGACCGCGGUCCUUUCGUCAGCGCCACUAUAUUUGCCAUGGUAAAGAACUUUUUUAUCAUGGACACCCUGGAGUUUGUCCUGAAGCUUUUUCCGGGCGUCGGGUCAGUCUUUGGGGGCUCCAUGUUCUACUAUCAGCUUCCACCCAUCUCACGAUAUGCAGUGUCAACGUUUAUUCAUAUUCUGUCCGGUCAUUGCCUCCUAGCCGGGUUUGAAGCUAUCUACCAUGUGGUGACGCUUGUCGCUGUCGGAAUUUUUGGUGAUUCUCCCUCGUCUUGGCCGCCCAUCCUAGAUUCCCCCUGGCUUUCAGAGUCCAUGCAUGAAUUAUGGUCCAAGAGGUGGCACCAGAUGCUUCGUCGAACAUUCAUGGUGUAUGGAGGCUAUCCAGGAAAAUGGAUUGCGGGUGAUUUUGGUAUGGUAACGGGAAUCUUCAUUGCCUCUGGACUGUACCACGAGUUAUCGAUGUAUGCAAUGGGCAGAGGACUCGACCCAGCUCCUGUAAUUUUCUUUGCUCUGCAAGCACCGAUUUUGGUCAUUGAACGCCUCUGGCGAAAAAUUACAGGCCGGAGAGUUGGUGGAUGGUAUGGACGGCUGUGGGUGUACUUCGUUAUUUUUGUCCUCGCACAACCAAUGAUCAAUUCAUGGCACAAGCGUGGACUAGCUGGGGGUUUGAUUUUACCUCCAUUCCUGAGCCCAGCAAGACUACUCAUGCCUAUCUUUUUGCGAUUUAUGAACCUUUCUGACUGAGGUAAUAAUACACAUGUACAUCUGAGGAUCUUGAAUAUCACAUAUACUCUAAUAAUAUAAUAGGAACUAGAUGGUUGGGUAGUACAAAUUAAUGAAACCCACGUACACUAAUACUCUUCAGUUGGCUCUUCGAUUAGUUCCUCAUCGUCAUACACCCGCUCGCUAUCGUAUUGAAUGCUUUCUU